AUGUCUCUUCAUUCCGGCCAGUCCUCCAUUCCCAGCGAAGCUCCUUCGCACGCCAGCGUCGGUGGUGAACAAUUACCCCUCGGUACGCUUGCCAGACGCAUGAUCAUUGGGUGUGGCACUUACCGCUGGUCAGACCUCAUCGAACGCCUCACCCAACAAGUCGAGGCUAUGAAUAAGAACCUUGUUCAGCAGGCCAUCGAUUUCGAGGCGCAGCUCGAGAAGGAUCAGGCGACUCGGACUGAAGUGGCUCGGUACACUGGCAACCUCGACUUCGUCGACGUCAGCUUGCGUGGUCUCAACAAAACGUACAAGUUUGAGACCGACCAUGUCACGAAUGCUGUGACUGCCUCCUUCAAUCAACUUGCUGCGGCCUUCCAUGAGACCACUACGGCAGCCACUGGGCACCACCGCAAGCUGAUGACGUCCCUCCAAGAGCUGGUUCCCGCGCCCGCGCCCACGCUCAAGGCGCAGUGA